AUGUCACAUGAGUCCAAGUUAAAGGCCCACCAGUAUCACAGCAGGCCUGAUGUCCUCAAGGGUGGUCUCAGUAGUCAGGAAAAGACGCUGGCUGUGCUGCUGGAGCAGGCUUUCAGGAUCAAAGAAGAUGUGGCUGCUAGCCUGCGGUCCACCCAAGGCUCCAUCCAGGCUGAGGUCCAUUUCCAUAGGCUGCUGGAGAACCACAUACUCACAAUCACACACAUUGUCAAACAGCUCAGCAUGGAUAUACAGGCACUGGAGAAACAGACCGCCCAGCGAGACUCUGUCACCUCUGCAACCACACUGGCUGUUCAAAACCUCGACCAGAAGAAUAAAGUUGUCAUCGGAGACCUACGAGGAAGAGUAGCCAGGUGUGAUGCCAGCAUUUCCACGCUGAGCGCUGAUGUGAGCUUUUGGGAGCGGCAGGUGAUUAGACUGCAGCAGGAGGUGACGGAGCUCCAGUCUGCGGUGGAUGCACGGCUUCAAGAGCUUGAAGUCAAAUUUUAUCAUGACCUGGGCAGACUAGAGGCGUCACUGACAGAGCGGUCCCAGGGCCAAAGGAGCUCCAUGUCUGAUCUGCAUAGACAAGUUGACCUCCUAGAAGCAAGGAUAUCAAGUGACCUAAAGGAAGCCAAGGAGCAAACAGACACACUGAAGAAGCAGACAGAGCAACAGCUCCACAGCUCUGUCCAGACACAUGCACAGAGCAGCCAGCAGCUCCGCACCCAACUGCACGACACAAUGUUACAGGCAGAAUCUAGAUUAGUUGAGCGACUGCAUGCUCUGGAGGCCCGUGUAGAGCGGUUUGAGACCCAGUUGGAUAAAACCGACCACCACCAGGCAGAUCAGGCAGAUCAGCUGAAGCGCUCUGAAACCAAACUUGGUAAAAGAAUAUCCUCAGUGGAGAACAGCCUCCAUCGAGAGCUGCAGCUGCUCAAACAGGAAUACCACAAAGGUUUUCUGUCUGUGCAUGACGCAAUUGAGUCCCUGAGGCAGAUUGGUGACAUCAAAUCCUGCCUUGACAAGGAGAAACUUCAGAAGGAUAUCAGGCUCAUCUGCAGCAAGGUGGCAGAGCUUAAUGAGUCGUGA